GUCUACAAUGAAGAGAUGAAUUUCUGUCUUUUGCUGUUUUCUUUGUUACUGAAAUGACUAGAGAAUAGUCAAUGUUUUGUUUAUGUAAAAUUGUACAUAACAAUAAAUAGCUGCUUGUGUAUUGCAAAAAGAAAUUCUUGAAUAUGAGGACUGCCAAGUCGAAGUGGAGAUUCUUUUGUAAAGGUUCUUUCAAAAGGUGCUAUGAAAAUGGCUGUCCAUUUGUUAUUCCGAGUCAAAUUUCAGAAUUGAUUUUGAUACAAUGUCCAAUUGGGUGGUUGGAAUCCAGCGAACCUAUUCAAUUCUUUUCUAAAGUAUGCGUCUGUACGAAACAGAAAAGCCUUUUUGAUGAGUGGUGGCUUCGUUGCCUAGCUCAGGAGAAUAGACAAGAAGAAGUCAAAGGGAAGACAAAAAGGUUGGAUACAGAUCCCAAGGAACCAAACGAACAACGAAAAAGAAAAAAGGUCAAUAAAACGAUGCACAAAAGACCCAAUUCAAAGAUAGUUUUAAAAGCAGAAGGUAGCAAAAGAGUUAACGUGGAUGACGAAAGAAACGUCACUGAUGGCAACUUUGACAAUUUGUUGCUUCUUAGCGGAAUUGCUACCAACUUUGAGGCCGUUUCUAGUUGAGUAUUACUAGUUGGAUGAGCUCAAAUUUACUAUAAAAUAGUAAGUACAAUGAGAGCUACUUGUGAAAGGAACUGGUGGAGAUAUACCUCCAGAGUCUUCCGCUAACGCGACUAUAUCAAAAUCCAAUAAAAAUGACAAAGUGUCAGUUUGACAAGUGGGGAAUUUUUAGACUUGUUCUUGUUGUGGCACUUUCAGUUGGUUUCCUUUGCAACAAGACUAGGAAACGCUGCUUUCUUUAGAAAAGAAUUCCAUUGCAGUGGAUAUGUCUAUAUGAAAUCUCAGGAUUGUCUAAUAUUUAUAAAUGUCGAUUUAAAUAUUCAGUUAUUAUGAGCUCUUCCUCAAGCAGCCUUGAAUUCUCCAUUAUAAUCUGAAAUUUUUAUCAUGCUCCAUCCCUUUCCACAAUACUCUUCUACGUAAUUUGAGAACAACACCAAAAUAUUAUUUGAUGAGGAAUCUUUUAUUUAACUACCAGUAAACUAUUCUUUUCCAAC